GCGUCCAUUACAGCAAAUAUAGCACCGAAAGGCGUACCUCAAUCAAUGCCAUGUCGAACACGGAAGUAUGAUGAUUGUUGAGGAAUAAGCUGUUGUCGUCGUUCAACAGUUGUCAACAACACCAUAUUUGCUUCCACGACGAUCAUGGCAUAGGUCGACGUGACGACGACAAGAAUGGAGGAAUCAGUGCAGCAGACGAGCGAGGACCUCGACGGAACACAGACCACGUUGACCGAGUUAUUGGGAGCCCCAGAGCUCACAUCUGCGUCGUCGCAGGCAUACUUGUCGUAUUUGACGACGCUUUCCUUGCCGAGUCUACUGGCAGAGCCCACGUUGUUGCAGACUCAGUCGCAUCACCUUACCUCAAGCCUCACUUCCUUGACCCAUACUUCUUACCCGACCUUUCUCUCCUUACACAAUACCACAUCCUCACUUUCCGAGUCCUUGGAUGCCCUCUCUUCGUCUCUCGAUGCUCUGGUCAACGAAAGCUUGCCAGCUUUAGAGGAGAGCGCGUCUGAUUGGCGCGACAGCACGGACACAGUUCUCGCCGAACGGAACAAGGCGCGCGUCGUGCUAGAGCAGCAUGACAAAAUACGUGAUCUACUCGAUAUCCCCGUCCUCAUUGACACCUGCGUGCGUAACGGGUACUUUGCCGAGGCGCUGUCUCUUGCGUCCCACACACACUCCUUAUACUCGUCCUCCAGUUCACCUCCGUCGAUUCUCACUUGCAUAGUAUCCGAAGUCCGCAAUUCCAUAACACAAAUGCUUUUCUCGCUGCUCUCUACAUUGCACGAACCGAACCGGAAACUACCCGCGCUAUGGAAAGCAGUUAAUUUUCUUCGGAAAAUGGAUGUUUUUGAUCCGGAAGAUGGAGUUGAGUCAGAGGAACAAAUCGCAUUAGCGUUCCUCGGGGGUAGAGAGGCGUGUUUGAAGGCCUCGUUGGAGGGUUGCAAUCGUGACAUUCAACGUCUCGUCGGCUUGAGCUCUGCCGAAGUCAGGGAAAAGGAUAAAGAGGACUUGACGCGGUACCUCAAAAAAUACAUCGACAUAUGGAGGGAAUGCGUCCAUGAUAUUAUCACGCAAUAUUCGACAAUAUUUCUUGAACGGCCAACGUCCACCGCGACUUCUCCAGCUCCAGCUCCAGCUCCAGCUCCGUCAUUACAUUCCCUAUUGGUCACGUAUGCGUCCCAUUCUCUCCAUAAACAUCUGCUUCCCCUCCUUCGAAUCACUUUACCUCGUAUACCCCUACCCUCCCUAUCCUCCCUACUAACACAACUGACGUAUUGUGCAACGGCGUUCGCUCGUGUCGGCUUCGAUUUCCGAGGUGUUCUUGGGGACUUGUUCUCGGGUGCUGUCUUGAGCUCUGUCACCGAGGAACUCCAAGCGGCGACGUCUAAAUGGGUGGCUUUGUUUAAACAGAAAACCGGCCGGCCAGUAUCCGCCACAUCAACGCAUACGAAAAAUAUGGUUCCACCUUCUGAAUGGCUCGUGUCGCCAAUGGUCGUUGCUUCACCACCCUCGUCUUCCCAGUCCUCCUCGACGGCUCCAGCACAUGUACCUCCUCAUAUAUUGGUGUCGUACCCACCGUUGGCGCAGUAUACGAACGCACUAUUGUCCACUCUCAAUAGUCUUCGCUUGCUAGCGCCGACGUCUAUUGCGUUAGCCCUUCUAGCCAAGCUGGAGGAUUUUUUGUCCGAGGCUGGCGAGAUGCUUCUGCGUUAUGUUAAAAACGUCGUUGGGCUUCAGGGACAAGAGGCGAAAAUAUCUGAGGCAGUCGGUGAUGUUUACUUUAAUAUUUUUGUGCCGUUCAUGAAGCGUGCUCUCGGCGAGGGUGUAUAUGGUUUGACUAUGGAUAAGUGCGAGGUUUCAGGGAGGGACACGGAAAAGACGGAGAGAGGUUCUUUGGACAAGGUGAUCAGAGAUUGGGAAGGCUGGCUGGAAAGCAGAAAGGCCAGCAUAGGACAGUAGUUCGUUUUAAUUUAUUUUUGGAUGGAAACACAUGGGGAAGCUGA